CCCUAUCGGACGCAUUCAUGCAUAAGGACCGGGCGUUUGAGAUGUGGGCGUCGGUGGCGGCGGACAACGGGUGCGAAACACAAUUCAGGGCCAACCGAUCGGUGGAGUGUUUGCGGGCCAUAAACGGUCAGAAUUUGAUUGAAUCCACGUUUGAUAAGCGCUACAAAACUGAUGUCAAUGUCGUUAAGCCGUAUGUCAUAUAUGGCGACCAGUUUUUGCCCAAAAGUCCGACAGAAAUGAUACGAUUGGGUGAUUUUAAAAAGUCUGUACAUCUAUUGGUUGGCACAUCCGCGGACGAAGGUUCCCACGUAUUGAGCGCUAUAGUAAACGCACAGAAAUAUUCGCCGACAAACGGACACAAUCUGACCAAAUCCGAGGUUCGACUCGAGUUGGCCAACAUUUUUGGUCGCUUUUUCCCGGCACUGGGCGUCGACGCCGACGACGUCUAUCGGUUAUACGUUCAACAGUACGCCGACAACGACUAUCCGGCUAUACGUCAAGCGGUUGGCCGAGCGCUGGGCGACUAUUUAACCGCCUGUCCCACCAUUUUGUUUGCCAGGGGUGUGGCCGCCGGCGGAGACACUAAUGUAACGCAAGUGUAUCAAUACUUAUGGUCAGUGAAGUACGACAGCAACACAUGGCACGGGUCGGACCCGGGAUUGGACGUAGGCUUUAUGUUUGGCGACCCUUUCCGGGCCAGUCAUGCGACGGAUGGCGUGACUGAUGGUCAGGUGUUAAAUGAGCGCCGAGUGUCACUGAGUUUCAUGGAAACUGUGGCCCAUUUUGCCAGAUAUGGUAAUCCGGGUCCCCAAGAGGGGGUGGAGUGGCAGAGCUAUUACACGACUAAACGCAUGGAUAUAAUUAAUCCGUACUUUGAGUUUACAAAGAGGUAUUUCAGUGGCAGUGCUUUUAGCGCCGGAUAUAACCCAGUUGCCGUGUAG